AUACUAUUUAUUUAAUUCAUCUUAUUAAUAAAUUGCAUAUUAACCUUCUUAUAGGUUAUGUUCAAACAGUGUCAGAUUUGAAUGAGUGGAGAAGACAGGUUUGGAAACACUCGAAACGAUUUCUCCCGUUUUUUCACACAACAUGAAGGCGUUCACGACGGGCAAAAAACUCCUGUGGGGUCUGGGAGCGAUUUCCGGGGCAGCCGGCCUCUAUUUCAUUAAUGCUCCCGAGAAAAUCGUUCACAACUCAUGGACGACGAACUACGAGCCUAAUUUGAACGCAAAGUGGGACGACAAUUGGGACCAUCGUGAGCCCCAAAAUUUGGUGAAGCUGAGCCACAGGCACAAGGUGUCGGAAAUUGGAGACAACAACAACAAUGAGCUGUUGGAGAAGGUUACGCCGAAGGCGUACAGGCACAUAAUUCUUAUUAGACACGGCCAGUACAACUUGGAUGGUAGGACUGAUGAAGAUCGCGUGUUGACUAAAUUGGGUCGCUUGCAAGCCGAGUACACAGGUAAACGACUGAAGGAGCUGGGGAUUCCUUACACAGAUAUGGUUAAAAGUACCAUGUCCAGGGCACAGGAAACUGGCUCUAUUAUCUCAGAGAUUAUUAAUCAAGACAACAAGCUGCCCAUCAGCCACUGCGAUCUUAUUAGAGAGGGAGCCCCGAUCCCACCUGAACCUCCAAUUGGAAGAUGGAAACCUGAAGUACAUUUUUAUCAGGACGGUUCCAGGAUAGAAGCAGGUUUCCGGAAAUACUUCCACAGGGCCAGUCCUAGCCAAGAGAAAGAUUCAUUCACACUUCUUGUUUGCCAUGCUAACGUUAUCAGAUAUUUUGUGUGCAGGGCUUUACAGUUUCCAGCAGAAGGGUGGCUGAGGAUAUCUCUGAAUCACGCAAGUUUGACGUGGAUCACGAUCACACCAAGUGGCAGAUGCAUUUUGAAAUUCCUUGGGGAUACCGGACACAUGCCACCAGACGUUAUAUCGUCCUAAACGAUCCCCAAGUGAUUAAUUUUGUAUUUUACACAGUAUUUUGUUACGUCAGAAAUAAAAACCCUUCAGGCCAG